ACACGCGCGCUGUCGCGCGAGAUUCAGUGAGAUGCACUGCUAUAUAUGUAUGUCACCAAGGUGGUGUGCUCGGAGAUCCAUUGUAUGCUGGAGCCGUUAAAUAUUAAUAACACCACGGAUGUUUUUACCGGAAUGACGCGCGAGUGACGGACCCAUGUGUCGCGGACAUUUGGACGGCAGCUAGACCGGCUGCGCGGCCGUGCUUUCAGCACGGCUCGGGACGAGUCGCAAAUAAAGCGAUGCGGACGCGGCCAUGUUUCCCGCUAGCAGAAAUCCUAUCCAUUAAUAAUUCGCGCUAAAUCGUGGUGAAUCACGAAUCGUGGAGCGUGCAGGAUGCCGAAAUGCGACGUGAAAACAAGAUAUCUGCCAGCUACGUUCGCGUGGACGGUCCUACUCGGCACCACGGCACUCUUCUUCAUCUUUCCGUGCUCGAACUAUUACGUCUCUCGAUGGGGUUUAUGGGUACCGGCUCUGCAAGGAGUCAUCACCUUCUUCGUGGUGAUAAAUUUCUCACUGGCGACGUUUAUGGAUCCCGGUGUUAUACCGAAAGCACCUCCUGACGAAGAGCGGGAGGAUGACUUUCGAGCUCCUUUGUAUAAGAGCGUCGAGAUCAAUGGCAUUACUGUACGUAUGAAGUGGUGUGUCACCUGCAAAUUUUAUCGACCUCCACGUUGCUCGCAUUGCAGUGUCUGUAAUCAUUGUAUUGAGACAUUUGACCAUCACUGCCCAUGGGUGAACAACUGCAUUGGUAGGAGGAAUUAUAGAUAUUUCUUCUUUUUUCUUCUAUCGCUCAGUUUUCAUAUGCUCAGUAUAUUCGGGCUUUGUUUAUAUUAUGUACUGGAACAUAAACAGCAGCUGGGUGAAGUUAAUACUAUUGUUGCACUUGUACUCAUGGGAGUGGUAGUGCUCUUAUUCAUUCCAAUCUUUGGACUGACUGGCUUUCAUGUAGUCCUUGUUUCCAGAGGGCGAACCACUAAUGAACAGGUAACAGGCAAAUUUAAUGGGGGCUACAAUCCUUUUUCACGUGGUUGUCUACGCAAUUGCUGUUAUACACAGUUUGGACCACAAUACCCAAGGUAUUGCAAGGAGCCAAGUUUACUUAAGCCUGAUAAAUAUUCAGGAAAGCGACGUGGAGCUUGUGCAUCAGAGAUAUCUACUAUAGGCAGUGAGAACCAGGUAAAGACCUACAUGGAUAGCAGCAAUGGUGUUAGAAAUGCCAGUUCAAAUGCUUACAAUAAGUUAUCUCCUGGACGAGAUGGAUCGGAUACGGAUAUGGAACCGACGGCGUCUCAGUCCGCCGACUGUGAACCUACGCCCCCGUUGCAAAGACACGGUUCCAAAAGCAAUUUCUUCCUGCCACCUGUGGAGAACAAUGAAUCUCCCAGGCAUCCUCCGUCAUCGCAGCUUCGCCAUCCAAUACACUAUCCUAGAGGCAGUCCACAUCCAAGGCCAAGAGGGAUGAACGGAUCUCGAAGUCAUACACCCGAUCCGUUGUCACCGGAGACAAGUGGUUCGCCCGCAACAGUCCCCCAACGUAGUCAAGGUCCGGGUGGCGCCAGUCCGACGAUGCAACAACGCAUCAAAGCUAUUGGAGUACCUACUCCACUUGCCAUAUCCAGUCCUAUACGAAGAUCAAACCCAGGUACACCGACGCAGGUUCGUCGGCCGGAUUUCAUAGGCGUGAACGAAGCGCCAACGUAUUACGACAUACAACAAGGAAACAAUACACAAGGAAUAAGCGUUGCCAGUACCGUCGUUACCGGCUACAGUCCGCAGCGGCGUUUCCUUUCGGAAAGCGAGCUUGUGCGACAGGGCACUGAUCAUCCGUACUCGAGAACCAAUAAUACAACGGUCGACAACAUACGCGAACUGGCGGGUUCGCCGCAGCGCGGUGUUUACAUGUGGAAAGACAAUUCGCCCGGCAGUUAUCCUACUGCCGCUGGUGGAGGAGCGAUGAGCGGUGUGUCUCAUCAGUCGCCCUCUCAACGGCCACCCCCGCCCUAUGAUUAUUAUCGCUCGAAUCCCACAAGCCCAACAACUCAGCAGUAUGCCACAAACGCACCCAGAGCGGCGUAUCAUCCAGCUGUGAGAGGUGGAGUGCCAGUCUUCCCGCCACAUCAGUCGCCGCAGAUCAAGCGGAAAGCGGCUACGAUGGCAACACCCACCACACCGACUUCAUCGGGAGACGCCCGGCGUCGACCGAUGUCCUUCGUCAGAGCCCUCGAGAUGACUGACUCGAUGGAAAUGGUUUCGGCGCCUAAUGAUCCGAGAUCGUCGCAGAGACCGACGACACCGACACCGGAUCGGGCAAGCGUAUACGACAUGAACUACGAGAUAUCCGUAUAGCCCAGUUUUUCCGUCUCCGUGCCAUCCUGCGGCUGGACGGAGAUUUUACGAGAGCCGUCGAGCAGUCUGCGUAUCUCACGUUCCAACGAGGAAAGAAUGUACAGUACCGUUUACGAGAUAUCCGUCUGAAUUCUUCCGCGAUCGAUGCUUUAGGUCGCGCUUAACGUAAGGGUUAAAUUAAAACGCAAACUGUGGCUGGUUCUUUUAUUAUCACCAUGGGAUCGCUGUUAUUCUUGGAACUUACCACAGUAAUCAGGCUACAUCAGGCAAUUGUAAAUCUGGAUAAAUUGCUAUCAGUGAUGUGUGUGUGUGUAUGUGCGCACGAAUUAUUUUGUGAUUAACAGGGUGUGCGUGUGUGUGUGUGUGUGUGUGUGUGUGUGUAUAGCAUUCAAUCUCAGCAAGAAAGUCGGUCCAUAUUCGCUGACAAGCGAUUUAUUGUGUGAAUUUAUAUGAAGCAAAGUAAAUAUAUGCGAUAAAUCGUUGUUUUUCCGAUUCUUCCUUCGGCAUUGAAAUCUUACGACAAUACGACAGUAGAAAACUUACAUUUUACAAAAAAAAACAUACCAGCAUGCAGGUGUCCUGUCGUAUUCUGUAAUAUUAUCGAUUUAAUCGUUAAUAUAUAAAAAAAAAAAAAAAAAAAAAAAAAAAAAAAAAGAAA